AUGAAGCUUACACUUCCGUCAAAAAUUAAAAAUAUGUGUAAUGAAUUUGUAUCAAGUUUUUCUAGCCAUGAUGAUUCUAACAGACCUCCAGAAAAGUUAACUCAUGAUGAAACAUGGAAAGAGUAUAAAGAAGAACUUUUAUGUAUCGUAAAUAAAAUUUUUAGUACCAUUAAAGAUGUUUGGAAUAAUCCAGCUCUUAACUCUGACAUGGCAGGAAUAUUAAAUGAGGGAACUUAUCAAUCUACUGUUAUUAUACCAUUUAUUCGAGCUGUAUUAAAAAAUCUUCUCUUUGGAUCAUCUUUAUUUAUUAGCAUGUCAGAAAGAGAAAGUAUUGCUUGCACGGAUAGAAAAGAUGGUCAAAUGGGAAGACGUCCAGAUAUCAUGUUCAUAGUGAAUCAUUUAGAUGUACUCUUUGAAAUUAUGUAUGUUGAAUGUUCAAGACUGAAAGAGCAAUUUGGAAUUGUUGAGAUACAAAUAGCAGAAGAUACUCUACAUCUGAAUGUUCUUAUCAGGGAUAAAAUAAAUGUUCAUAGAUAUUAUAAUAUUGAAUCAGCAAAAAUUACUGUGCAAGAAUCAGAUGAGAACAUUAUAACUAAAUUUUCUCCAGUUUCUCUGGCAUUAUCAGUAACUCCACAGACGCCUAUUCCAUUAUUUAUUAAUGGUCAAUCUGACAAGGAUGAUAGCACCAACUCUGUAGAACAGGCACAAAUAGAAUCAGAAAAAACUAUGAAUAAAAUUCAUGAUCAAAAUCUAGACAGAUCCUUGUCAUUAUCUAAACCAUCUAUUAAUUCUGAUUCUAUAGACCCAUUUGAAUAUAAUUAUGAUCUUUCUUAG